AUGCCUCCAGAUGGUUCAACCUUCACGGCACUAAACCUGCCACCGACAUUCGAACUACCCCAGUGCAUGGAAUACUUCACCCUCCGCGCAGGUCCAAACACAGACCUCUGGCGCAAACCACCCAACGGCGAAACCUCCACCGCCCCAAUCGUCUUCACAUCCCUCCGCCACGCCUUCGUCGUAGCAGAGGUGACCGUGAGCGCAGACUGGGAACUGGAAUGGGACCAAGGCGGACUGGUAAUAUUCGCCGGCGCCGCGCCGCAAUCCUUCUCCUCCGAAGUCGACGGACCGCGGGGCUUCCGCAACGCACCGCGCUCACCCUGCAAAUGGGUCAAAGCCGGAAUGGAGUUCUCGUCGGGAACGGUGAACGCGUCGUCGGUGAGCGCGACGGCCGAUGGCGCGGACUGGUGUUUGUCGCCGCUGGCGCAGUCGGCUCAGGCCGGACUGGCUAUCCACUCGCUGCGUAUCAAGCUCGAGCGUGUCGGCCACGCGCUGUGGAUUUGGUACCAGGUUCCGUCGGCGUCGCCGUUCGCGCUGUCGCCCGGUGCGGUGGGGAAUACGUGGAAGAAGCUGCGCGAGGUGACGUGGUUCUUUUAUGGGGUGGAGGAUAAGUUUGUUCAUGUUGGGGCUUAUGCGAGUCGGCCGACGGGUCUGUCGCGGGCUGGUGCGAUGUGGGAUGAUAUGCAUGCUUCUUUGGCGACGGGUUCGGCGGAUGGGUUGGUGGUUGAGUUUGAGGAUCUGGAAAUUUUCUAG